AUGGAUCUCCUACCACCAAUUGGAUUGAAAUUCCCAAAGAGUGUCAUCCAAGAAAUAAUUGAUGAAUUGGAGUUUAAGAAAAGACAAAGAGAGACUCCUUUGCAAAGAACUACAUUAACGGCAAACAAAACAAUCACACAUGUAUGUUUUCUGGCUACUUUGCUCAAGAUUGGAAGAUUCGAGUUUAUGCCUCGAAAUGAAGUAAACUUGGUGGCCCAUUGUUACUUUGAACAUCAAAAAUUUCUGUGGGGGAUGUUAGAUAAAAGCACAAACAUAAAGUACAAAAUUGAAAUAAUGUGGCAAGACAUUUCAGCUAUUCGAAUUGUUGAUGAAGAUAAAAAACCUGGAAUUCUUGAAAUUGAGUUAAUAAAGGUACCCACAUUCUAUCACCAUAUUAAUUCCAUGUGGGAAUCAUCACAAGACUUCACUGAUGGUCAUGCUGCCAUAUGCAGGAGACACUACCUUGAAUUUCCUCCUAAAGUAAACUUUAAGAAGCUGUUGCAAUCUAAUAAGCACUUAUUAGAGUUGAGCCAAAGACCUUUUCCAAGUUUGGAUUCUUCAUUUUUUGGUAUACCAUUAAUUACACCACCAUCUCUGAUAUAUUCAACUCCUCCAGUAUCAGUCAAUAAUCAUUUCCAUAAUCCUUGCCCUAAUUUUUUGUCAGCUCCCAACACUUGUUAGAAUUAAUCAAUGAGCAGUGACAUAAAUGUUUUAGACACCUUGUUUAGCAAGUGUUGUAGACAAAAAUAUUGUAUCAAAU